CGGAAUAUAGAAAUAGAUUGUGGUUGAAUUGUUACGUUAAAAGUCAAUACAACAUGGCGUUAACCUGGCUUUAGCUAGUUCAGCUAAAUGUCAACAGGCUAAUGUUAAACUGAACAUACCAUAGACGUUUAAACGUAGCACAUUAAAAGCAUGUCUAUUCUAGUUUAAUGUGUUUAACUUAUAGAAACUGCUGAUUAUAAACAUCACUAUGACUACUUGUUUGUUAGACCCUAACGUGACCCUGUCUCUCUAUGCCCUAUAAAAUCCGCUCUGCGAGGAGAACAGGUUCGCAUACAUGACCUGGUGACUGCCUCUGUUGUAAUUACACCAGGGUUGUCAGCAUGGAGCCUGCCUGCCGUAAAGACAAGCCAAAGCUGAACUCUACCCCUACGAGAGGAGACAGAGCCAAGCAGAAAUCUGCACAGCAGGAGCUCAAGCAACGACAAAGAGCAGAGAUUUAUGCCUUGAACAAGGUGAUGACAGAGUUGGAGCAGCAGCAGUUUGAAGCCUUCUGUAAACAGAUGCAGUCACAAGGGGAGUGAUCGCUGCCUUUUCUUCAUCUGGACUCGGACCUAUCCCCUUAUGAAAACACAAUGUGUGCAUUCUGUUACAAACUUGCAACCACACGCUUACUGAAGUUCAACCAGACAGUUUUUAUGAGUCACAUUUUUGACUCAGCCUGUAUGUGCACAGUCUGACUGUUAUGACCUGGAUUUACUAAAAGCUUUGUUUGGGAAAUUCUCCCAAAUAUGACCAAGAGGAAGAAGAAUCAUGUUCUCCAUCCAAUUACACUGACUUUCCCUUGGCCUAAAAACACCUUUGACCUUAAUUGUAUGCUAGAGCUGAGCUUGCAGGCUCUCUGUCUUACUGUCAACCCUUAAAGCUACAUGGAUUUAUUUUGAUUGAUAAGGUCAACUUGAUUAUUAGUUGUACCCCAUUUAAGAGGUAUUUCAAGUAAGUGUUUUGGAAGGACAAAAUAUAUAUAUAUAUGUUCAAUGUUAGACACCUACUAGUUAAAAACACAUUAUGAAACUUUUAUUCUUUCUUUCCAUCAAUGCAGAAAAAGGUCCUAAUUUUAAUCUUCUUAUUAAAGAGCAGAAUUAGUGACAGCUUUACCCUGAAGUAAUUACAUGUUCAAGGAAUUUGAAAGCACUGAAAAGCACAUAGACAGGAAAGAAUAACAAAAAUGAAAGAAACCCCCCUUUUUUUUUUAAUUAAACCUAUUUGUGAAAUAUGAUUAAAGAGCUGUGCAUGUGCCAUAUUUAAUGGUAUUUUAUCAGCCAUUCAAGGCUUGACAAAGCACCUGAUCCUAUGCUCCUGUUUUACAGUGUCUCUCUUAUGUCUGAAAUAAUUUCAAAAAUAGUUCAGUGUUCACCUUUUUUAUUUAUUUAUUUUCACAUUUGGAAUACUUUUGUUUAGCACUGUUGAAGGAAAUGCACAUUUUAUUGUGCAGUGCUACACUAAAAGUAAUAAUGUACAUGUCCUAAAAGCCUUUGUAUAAAAUAUUUUUGUCAAUCAGAGCCAUGUGUACAUUACUAGUAUCAUUUAGAGUUGGCGCCCACUGUUGGAUUAUUUUUUUAACUUCAUGGCUGAUAUUAAACAUUAUAAAUAAGCUCACAUUUAAGUCAAAUGAAUUUCAAAUUGAGCUAAUAUUUUUCAUGAAAUGGUAAAAUGUCUCAGUUUCAACAGUGAUAUGUUUUUUAUGUUCUAUUGUGAAUAAAAUAUUGGUU